AGAAGAGGAGGUACUUUGCGUUACCGUGUAAUAUUAGCCCAAACUCGGAAUUGAUUAAAUCGGAUUGAGAAAAGCCGAUAUCCCGCUUAGCACCGGAGCCCCACUAUGAAUACCCCCAACUGAUUGACAGUUCUUCAGAUAAGAUCCGAAUCUAAAAUUUGUUGUAUACAUACAAAAAAGUUACUUCCCUGCAUCAUCAUCCCGCCGAGGAGGCUUGAUCCAAUAUUGCGGAUAAUGCUGCACACAUAGCCAAUGUCCCCGGGAAUCAAUUCACUAUGGAGAGCUCGAAGUUGCAUAACCCGCGCCCAAGGGCUCUCCCUGGCUUUCAGGGAGCAGCACAACCCACCUUACCUCUACCAACAUAACCCGCAACGAUGGCUUUCGACUCCUCCUCCCAAAGAGACGGGAAAGGUUGCAGAGACGGAUGCGGAUGAAGCUUGGUCAGAAUGGGAAGAUGUAAGCAACAAAAUCUCGAAGGGGAAGUCCCGGUCGUCUCUCACUCGAGACGUGAACAAACGAAUCAUCAAGACGAGGUCCAAUUUCCAACCCAGAGACCGCGCGCUCGUGAGGCCGAUAGUCCAAUAUCCCAGCAAGAAUGAGUCAUAUCGUAGUAUGCGAAAGCACAAGAAAAGCGCGGCGAUACAACAUCUACACGAUACCCUACGAGAACUCGAUUCGAGGGAUGCGCAUGAUUGGUUCCCGACUUUCCAAUUCAUGAUGCAGCACACAGAGGUUGGGGAGACAUUAUACUUCCAGAUUGUCAUAGGGAAGAGCUUAGCAGCAGAAGCUCGCGGGGUAUUGUCGGAGCCAGACACACAUAUUUCCCAAAUAUUCCGGAGGAACGAAUGCGUCGUCCAGAUCGAAGAAGACGGUUCCCAAGGUGGCGAACUGGUUCUCAGCUUGUCGGGCUCCGAAGACUCGGUUCGGAAAUCACUUCGAGACAUGGUUUGGAUAGUGGGAAAACUCACUGCUGUUAGGGUCUCCGAUCCAGCGUGGGAAAAAUUACUCUGGGAGGCCUGGAAGGGUGCAACACCCAAAAAACCCGAAAUUCGGCUUCUGGGCGAUGGGAAAGUUACGGUCGAUGAUAAGACGAUGACUAUCGGAACGUGGUCGGCCAACUUCUCGAAGUACAAGGAUUACGUCUUGACCAAGCGAGCUGAUGAGAUUGAACACCCAACAGAAUGGACUAAAAUUUCCUUUGAGAAAUAUGUUGCUGCGUUGGUCCAUGGUCGAAUUCCAAACCAUCUAGCUCGAUCACUAUACCCGUCUUACCCUAAUCACCAGGAAACAGUCGUAUCCCUUCUUAAUGAGCUAUUCACCUCGGAACAUACGAAGUCGGCCAUCUCACUAUCUGCCUUAAAAAUGGCCAUUAAUUAUAUAGAGUCUAGAGGUGCCGGUUUUCGCGAAGUAUCUCGGUUGAUUUUUGAUCACUUAGCAACGCAGAACUUUCCCAUGGACGCUGAGAUAUUUAAUAUCUUUCUUGUCAGUUCGUCAAAGGCCGGAAAUCUCGACGCAUUCAGAAAAAUACUGGGAUCAAUGGUCCGAAAAGGCUUCCCCCCACAAGGUCGUGCUUGGGCUGCAUUUAUGGAGCUGGUAAAAAAUCCAGCAGCCAAACAAUAUAUUAUAGAAAGGCUAAGACGUAAAGGGUUCGCCAGUAAUCCGUCGCUACGUCACCCAAUCGGCAAGCAGAUGGCGAUCAUAGACCUGGAAAAAUUAUGCUCCACCGCGGUAGACAUCAAAACGUUCAUAUACAGGCAUACCAAGAAGUACGGGGAUGGAUGGAUGGAUACUAUCACCUUUAAUAGGAUGUUGGACACACUCGGCGCACAUGGGCAGGUAGAUGCUUGCAAUGCCCUGCUAAACCUUGCCUUUUCGGAAGGAAUUGCUACACCUAACGCGGUCUCACUAAAUACAAUUCUAACUCAUGUGAGAGACAUUGCUCAGUGGCUGGAAAUAUUACAAUCCAUGUUAUCCCGUUGGCCUAAGUUGGUGCCAGACUCUGCCACUUAUCGGAUUUUAUUCAGAGUGGCUUGGGUCCUGCGUUCCCCCAACAUGCUCCGAGUGAUUUGGAGAUAUGCAGUUUUUACGCGCCAGACAAGCUCGCAUUUGCGCAAUGAUGUAACAAAACUCCUGCGGGGAUAUAAUCCAAACGCACGGAGUGUUUUUCUAAAAGACUGGGAAGAUAUAAUAUUUGGUCGAGACGAAUUAGCACAGAUCCGAGCAGCCUACCCGAAUGGGCCGCAAGCCAAGCACUUUAUAACCAAGUAUCUAGAAGCUAGGGACUCGGUGUUAAGUGUCGAUCUCGCAACUAAGCUUGCAGAAGCUGUCGUUACGGAUAGGAUGAUACACCAGCUUUUAAGAGAAGGGAAAACUAUAGAUAGCUCUAUGAGAGAGUCACUUACCGUGGCGAUACCGUUGGUGCCAAAGAGUGGUCGUACGAGUCGAUGUACGCCCUCUCAGCGUUCUGAGCAAGAUUCUAAUGAGCAAGAUAGGGCGACAGCCGGGCUUUGAACAUGGUCAUGAGGGAUGGGAUGUAUAUUAUGAUAUAUGAUAACU